ACCGCCCCAUUUCCCAACCAUCGACCGACUUACUUGUACCGCUCACUACGUCGACGCUAUUUUGCCAGCAGCGAUGGCUCCCUCUAGCAAGAGUGCCGCUGCAUCCAAGGACCGGCGAAAGUCGGGCAACAUGGCUGCUGCUGCCAGCGCCAGUGCAGCCGCCACCAAGCCGACCCUCAUCAUCACCCUCAAGGUGCCGUCUCGCAGGUUGCGAGCCACUGUCGACCCGGAUUUUGUCAAGGAAGACACACCAGCCAAGCAAUCCCCCUCGACUUCGACCACGCUGGUUGCACCGACCAACGCUAAUACUGAGAAUGCGUCCGACUCGACCCCUAAUACGCCGGCCGGCGGCACACCCGCACCCCAGGCCUCCAGUAUGGGGCCCCCCUCUGAGGGACCCAAGAAGAAAGGGGUCAAGAGGAGUGCAGGUGCGGCUGCGAAUGGUAACGGCGAGCCCAAAGUCCGCGGGAAGCCGGGACCCAAGAAGAAGCAGAAGCUUGAAGAUGGUACGGCCGAAGGUGGGCGGAGCGGCCUGGCACCCCACAAACUAGGGCCCAAGGCCAACCAAGGUGCCAUCAACGCCGGCCUGCGGGCCCUGGACCGGUCCGGCAAGCCCUGCCGGAAGUGGACCAGGGGCGGCUUCACGCUCAAGAGCUUCACUGGAGUCGUCUGGGAGAUUCCGCGCUGGGUGGCGCCGCCGAAGCCCCGACCCGAGUCGUCGGCGGACGACUCAACGCCUGCGUCUAUCGACAGCAGCAGCAAGGAGAACAAGGAGAACGAGAACGAGAACAAUAGCCAGUUCAAAAGCGAAGCGAGCAACAAUGGGGGAGACAUCGAGAUGCAGAGCGCCCCGAGCGUCGCCGCCGACAACUCUCCGGCACCCGUUGCCAUUCCUGCUUGAUGUUUUCCGGUUUUAUACUUUCAAGUUUCACGCAUUAGAUGUGCUUUUACCGUUUCUGUACACCGCACCUUCGGCAUUUCAAACAAAAAAAAGGAGUUCGGCGCUUGGUAUGAACGGGAAAAGGACGGAAUGGGUACUAUUAAGCCUCUGGGUGGCGUCUUGUUGGCAGAGCCCUCG